CCGCUGGGAGAAGGAGGCAGGUGAGUGCGCAGGUGGAGCGCAGCGUUGAGUUUCCCAGCAGCUCAAAAUAAUACUCGGAGAGGCCUCCGGGAAUAGCGCACUCCAACUAACAUGACAUAAAACAAGGUCAGCUUUGGAAUACACCUGCAUUAAUAACCGAAUGCUUACCUGAGCUUUUGUAAAACUCAGAUAACUUGGACAAACGUUUUAUCAGCCGUGGAAAUGAUCAGUUCGGAUAUUUUGCGUCCGACCCUGAACCCUGCGCGUAAAGCGCUCGGAAAGCUCGCGACCAGACUGGAGGAGGUGAAGAACCCCUGGAGACAAGGAUCAGCGCUCGAGCUCAGCCACAAUGAAACCGCUCGGCUCGCCACCGACGCGCUCCUGGAGCACGGCGAGAAGGAGUACAAAAAAGUAUUGCAAAACGAAAGAGAAUUAAACUUUCUGUCCUCUCAGGAAAUACGUUAUAUGACCGAGAAUGUGGCCAAAGGUGGCGGCGCGGAUAGCGGGACUAAUGGAGUGGACAUGGAGGAAGGGGACACGGUGUCCGAGCUCACUUCAGGCACUUAUUUCCCUAUGAUGUCCGACGAGGAGCCACCAAUGUUGGAGCUGGGCUGGCCAGAGGCUUCCAACCGAUUUGGACCCACCGAAGCGCAGAUAUACUUCCAGAGAGACAAGUCAAAAAACGUCAAAGAUCACAUUCGUUCUCUAAUUAGUAAAGCCAAGAAGGUUAUUGCUUUAGUCAUGGAUGUUUUUACAGACGUUGACUUGUUCUGUGACCUGAUGGAGGCCUCCAACAAGCGCCGGGUUCCAGUUUAUAUUCUACUGGAUGAGAAGAAUCUCAGCUAUUUUUUGAAUAUGUGCUCAGAACUGGACAUCCAGAAUUCACACUUAAGUAAUAUGCGGGUAAGAAGUGUAUGUGGAGACACGUAUUGCACCAAAAGUGGAAAGAAAUUCACAGGCCAGGUUCAAGAGAAAUUCAUGAUCAUUGACUGUGAGGAAGUCAUAGCUGGAUCAUAUAGUUUUACUUGGCUCUCAGGCAUGGUUCACAGCAACAUGCUUAUGCACUUCUCCGGCCGCGUCACAGACUGCUUUGAUCGUGAAUUCCGCUGCAUGUAUGCAGACUCCCAAAUAAUAGACCGUUUCCACAAUCCAGAUGAAGACGGGAUGCCUGUUAACUCCUACCACACGCCAGUACCAAACUUAGGCUUGGAUUUUCUUGCAGAUUACGGCAGCAGGGAGCGAGUGUAUUCGGAGCACUCCAGCAGCCAAUCCAGUGGCAGCGUUUCCAGCAUCAAAGCAGCUCCUCCAGGCAUGAAAUCUAAUAAAGUCACACCUGACAAGAAGAACACUGAAAUCUUUCAAAAGCCUCCUGACAGGAAGGUAGUCACGAGUCCGGUGCUUCAAAACCCUUCAGGACCUCACAUUGUAAGAGGUUCUCCGAAUGGGACCCACCAAAGUCAGGCAGUUGAGCGCACUUCCUUCGGUCAAACCGCUGGUGUGGAAUGGUCCAAAAUAGGACGCUCAAACACUCCCGGACAGACAUCCAAAAUCCAGGGUUUAGGUCUCUACAGUCCAUCACCAACUCAACUAAGUCCAACGGACAACAAGACCACCUCCAAAUAUCGUCUUCCCACUCCUUUCAUCAGUAAGUUCACUGAUUUGUUCACUUCAAAGGAAAAGGACUCCUACUCAUUCCAGAAGAUGCCUACUCAUUCCUCUCCGUUUGGUGGGCCAGAUCUUUCUCAGAACGAACCAGAGAGUAAGCAAGGUCUUGCCUCACCAGGACCCAUGCUUUUGGACAGGAUGGGCCCGGAGAAAGGGAUACAUCGGCGGGAUGAGAAACGCAUGACGCUGGGACACAGCAAAUUGGACCUUGUCAACCAGUACAACAAGUUAAAUCAAUCCAAACAGGUAUACAGUCGCUUUGAGGUAAAGAACUACAUACCUCAGUAAUGCUGGGCCAGACUGAUUAUUCUUUUCUGGUCGACUCUUGUACACAGCUGUUAUUGUGAUGUGUGAAGGGACGAUAGUAUCCUUGGAGAGAUACUGUUGCUCUUUUUAUACACCAGAGAAAAAAAUCAACCAGGAUUGAGAGGCGAGGAGUGUUUUUAUUUUUGUGCAUUUAUAUUUUUAAUGAAAACUAAAUUCUUAGUUCUAAAGCUGCCUUCAGGAUGUUUAGGAAAUCAUAAUAAAUAAUAAUUUAAAAAAAAAUAACAGUACAUAACAUAUUUUCAAAAUCUUCAUAGCUUCUCAUUUUUCCUAACAACAUUUUCCAUAACCAAGACAAAGUACAAAAAUAAUUAUUAUUAUUAUAAUUAUUAUAAAUUAUUUAUUUUUAUUUACAUUGCCCUAAAAGUCUGUGCUUAUAGAAAAUCUCAUGUUUCCCCACUGGUGAUCACAACAUUGUUGUGGCUCAUGUUGUAAAUAUGAUAAUUUUUACAUGAUUUGAAGGCAGCAUUAGUGCUUUGUACCAGUACAUAGUACUUUUAGUAGUGUGUUAAACCUAGUGUAUGCACAACCCAUAACUUCAUGGGGCAUUUUUGUAUUUUUGAUGUUUUUGUUUUCUAUCUGCCACUUUAGCUGGCAAAGCAGAAGGUUUUGAGUUAAAUGUAGCCACUCUGUCUGCCACUGAGUAUUACCCUUGGAUAGCAUGAUCGAGGAGGUUACACAUGUAGUCUUCCAGACGUUCUCAUGUGUUUGUACUAAAAUGUGAUUCUCGUGUCACUGAAGAUAUGCAUUUAGAGACUCUAAAAUGCACUGUGGGUAACGCUGCAAUUAGCUGCUUAACUAAAAAGUACUGUAUGAACUCAUCUCACGAUGGACUAUGAUGCAAUUGAAGCUAAUUGCAAGGAAUACAUUAUUGACACGAUUAUUAUUUUUUACAUUACAGGUAAGCUUUUCUAUCUUUUGUUAUUUACCAGUGCUAAUGAAGGGAAUGUGUGUGUGUAAAAGUGUUUGCGACAGCCUACAUUGAAUGCUGAUUAGCAUUUGAUGGAUUUGUUGUCUCUUUAUAUGCAUGUUUGACUUGACUACAAAUCUAUAUAUAAUCUCUAGCUUUUUAUCUGACAAAGUAGAAGAUACUGUGAAUAAGUGAGGUUAAAAAGAAGAUGCACACUUCAGAUGUUGAAGUUUCCUUAAAGGACUGAUCCAGAAUCGACUUUAGUCACAAAACACCUUCAUACAGUCGCUGAGAAAACGGAUCUGAACAGCUGUAAAGUAAAACUGCUGAUCAGGUUUUAUCUCUUUAUGUCCACAUCGACAUAAAUACCUGCUAGAUAGGAGCAGAUCCUUUACAUUUUAAUUAUUUAAAAUGUUUGAACAUAAUAACAGAUUUCUGGUAAAUUGCUAACUUGCACAAGCCAAUAACUGCCGAUCCACCUGCUGAACACCUCUUGAAAGGCCUUGAACAUACUAGUGCUUUACUAGUAACACAGUUAGUGCCUUCAGGAGUUAUUAAUUCUACACAUCUAUUAUUUUUGCUCACUUUUUUGUCUUGAUAAUGCUUUUUUGCCUUCCAGUGACUUGCUUAUUGUUGUUUGAUUUUGUAUGUUAUAGAUGUUAUAGAAAAUGAAACUGUGAUCUAUUAGCAUAACUGUUUUGGGAGUUCUAGAUGUGUAAAAUACUUUUACAAUUGCACAUCUUUACAUGUAAUGUUUUACAUCUUGCAUAGCAUUUCCAACAGUGUUAUUACCAAAGACCAUCAUAAAUCAAUAAAGUUUCUGUUUUACAAACCAGA